AAAAUUCCGAAUACAUCAAAUUCCUAAACUUUCACACUGUUAUAUGAUUUCCCAUCAUUUUCCCUUCACCAUCGCGCCUCUUUCCUUUCCCUUAACUUUCAGUAUCGUUUAGCAACCAAAAACAUCGAUUACCCAUCUUCCAGAUUUCCUCCGCCGACUUCACUUUCUGGGGUUUUCUCCUUUUUCACCAUUAUUAACAACCAAAAGUUUUCAAUUCCUGUGUUUGACUUCAAAUCCUUUCGAUUCAAUUGCGUCUUUCUUUGCCAUUUGGUCGGUUUGUUCUCUUUUUUUGUUCAUAUCAGCAAAUUUAGGAAGUGGGUUUCGACUUGAUUGAUCUAUUGGUGCCUCUUUAGAAUGAUCUGGAGGUUUCUCUAGUUUUCUCUUUUUGUUGUUGCAGAUUAUGGAAGUUUUGUGUGGUAAACCUAAGAUCAGCGUUUUGAUGCGAAGGGUUUUGAAGGAAGGAAGUAGAGAGAUUAAGGAACCUAGAAAUCACGGGAAGAUAAAGUAAGCUUUUCAAUAUUCUGCUUUUGUAAUUGAUACGUUUAUAUAAUUCACCUUGGUAGUUAAUAAUCUGCAAUCAGCUUUAUGUCUCAAAAGGGGACAAUUGGUUCUUGAACUUAAGGCACAUGAACUUCUCUCUCUCUCUCUUUUCCUCCUUUACCUGAAAUAUUCUUAAUGGAUUUUUGCAGACAAUAAUUUUAUUCUCAGUAAACUACUUGAGGUCGGUGGUUGUCGACCAUAAAGUUUUGUCGGUAGAGUUUCUCGAGAUGGAACUCAGACAGUGUACAACUAGUGUUCUUGAAGCAUUGAUGGGCUUUGAUGAGCGGCAACCUCAGCAUCAUGCUCCAAGGCAUUCUGAAGUUCUUUCUGAUGAUUACUUACAAAGGGUUGCAUCCAUUGGAAUCUCAAAGAAGAAAUACCCCUCCAGAUGUCAUCCAUUUAGGAUGACAGUUGAAGAGCCAACAGAACUCUUCAAUUCUUUCAAAGUAGAAAAUAACUUUAGCCGCUGCAACGAGUUAUGGGAAUGGGAGAAGGCGGAUUCUAGUUUAUCAGCAGGAUGUAUGCCACUUACAAGACACACCAUCAUGACUGAAAAGCACUUUUCAACAGGUAAGGUGAUACAGACUUCAAAGGAUUUUCAAAAUUUACCAGAGGUUCUUGAUUCUAUGGACAUCUCACCAAGACCUACAAGAGGAAAAAAUUCUAUAUUCAACCAGGCCAAAAAUGGACCAAGUGUUUCAAAAGAACAUUAUAGUUCGACAGAAAGAAAUAAUGAUGCAGGCACUAAAUUGAAGGACAGGAAACUAGGGCAGACACACUCGUCAGAGGAUCUAGAUUUUUUGAAGUCUUCAAGACCUUUGUUAGAGUGGAGAGAUAAGCUAUGUUUUUCUUCCUCUUCACCAACUUCUUUGAGAGGCUCACAUUUAGUUAAUGAUAAAUGCAAAGAUUGUCUUAGUUCUCAAAAUGGAAAGAAUAUUGCUCAAAAUGGAAAGAAUAUUGCUAAAGAAAAUCAAAGGACUAUGGAGUAUGCACUACAGCCCAUCAAGCAAUCAUCUCAAGUUUCAAGUAUUCUGGAUGAAAGUAGGAGAACAACGAGGCACGGUUUUGUUAAUUUGCAUUUGAAGAACUCAAGAUUAGGAACCAUAUAUGACGAUGUGUGCAGAAAUGAAACCAAGUACAGAAGGAAUUCUUCCCCCAGUUUAUCUAAUUGGACAGCGAAAUACAAGCAUUCCUGCUUCUUUUCAGUUGAGUCAUACAAGGCCAGAGAAUCCAGGGAGAAAGUCACAGAAGAACAAAGGAAGACUGAGAACUUGUUGCCAUCUACACAGGGUAGGCAAAUGAAUGAAAUGCCUACAUUGCCUCAUUUUGCAUCGUUGCCCAGUGAUUUGAAUUGCAAACCUGUCAAGUUUGAUUUCCAGAAGCAUGUUUGUUCAAAUAAGGAACAUUUUCAUUCUGGUAGUCCCCUGUGCUUGAGCUGGAAGGUUAAGAGACUAGAUCAGCUCUGUAAAAACUCCCAUAGAUUGAGAUUUGAUUCUACUUCUGCAGUGACUACAAGAUCUAGAACCAGAAGCAGAUACGAGGCCCUUCGUAAUACAUGGUUCUUAAAGCAUGAAGGUCCUGGUGCUUGGCUACAAUGCAAGCCAUCAAAUAGAAGUUCCAAUAAAAAGGAUGCUUCAGAACCUAGCUUGAAAUUAAGCUCUAAGAAAUUGAAGAUUUUUCCUUGCCCUGAUUCAGCAAGUGAUCAUGUUGACAAUGAUGACUGUAUGGUUGGUGAUGAUCUGAAGACCAAAGUUGAGAAGAAAGACCAUUGUGAUCAGCAUUCUUUAAACUGUCUAUCACCAAGGAGUAAAGGUGUUUUCUGCACACAAAACAUUCCCGUCAAACAAGGAAAUCAAGCUACUUCUAUUCAACAGGAAGGUCUCCCCUUUGAACACUAUCCUAGCAAAGAGCAAGAUUCUAUUGUGAGUUUGGAGGAGGCUUUUCAACCUAGUCCAGUUUCAGUCCUUGAACCACUUUUUAAAGACGAAACAUUAUUCAGUUCUGAAUCCCCAGGCAUUAACGGUAGAGAUUUAAUGAUGCAACUUGAACUUCUGAUGUCGGACUCCCCGGGAACUAACUCAGAAGGACAUGAUUUAUUUGUAUCAAGUGAUGAUGAUGGUGGAGAAGGAUCUAUAUGCAGUUCUAAUGAAAUUGAUGACAUUAUGAGCACAUUCAAAUUCAAAGAUAGUAGAGAUUUUUCAUACCUUGUUGAUGUAUUGAGCGAGGCGAGCUUACAUUGUAAAAGCCUGGAGACGGGUUCUGUUUCAUGUCACAAUCAGGAACAUCAAGUGAUCAGCCCUGCAGUCUUCGAGACCUUAGAGAAGAAGUUUGGGGAACAAAAUUCUUGGAGGAGAUCAGAAAGAAAGCUUCUCUUUGACAGGAUAAAUUCUGGGUUAGUAGAACUCUUUCAAUCUUUUGAUGGUGUGCCGGAAUGGGCAAAGCCUGUAUCGAGAAGAUUUCGGCCAUUGCUUAACCACGAAAUGAUCGAGGAAGAACUAUGGAUCCUGUUGGAUAGCCAAGAAAGGGAAGUGAAUAAGGAUUUAGUAGAUAAGCAAUUUGGAAAGGAGAUUGGAUGGAUAGAUCUUGGAGAUGAGAUUGAUUCUAUUUGUAGAGAACUGGAGAGAUUGUUGGUCAAUGAGCUUGUUGCUGAGUUUGGUAGCAUUGAAUUAUUUUGAGUGGUAUGAUUUAUAGCAGUCAUGGAUAAACAUUAGCAUACAAAAACAUAGAGAUCUGCUAUCUUUCUUUUUUUUUUUCUUUAUU